GAGGAGAAAAACAACCAGUAGUAAUUCCAAUUUUCCUCCAUAGCUAACGAUUCUUCGAGCUCAGUUGUUCAAGCUUAUGGAUUUCUAGUCUCAGCUAAUCGAAGAAGAUGAAUUCAAUUUGAAUCCCUGGAAACCCUAGCACAACACUAUGGAAACUCUUCAGUACUCGAUCGGCGUUGGCAAGUACAACAACUCCCUCCUUCUGAGUCGCAAAGGGAGAAACCGAGUCAACUCGCCCAAACCCAUCGUCUUUCGCCAAGCACUGUAUUUUUCCUCUAUACGAUUCAAGAACUUUCCUUCUUCUUCGCUCAAUUUCUCCAAUCUUCGUUGCUCCGUCGUUGCCGCGGAUCACGGCCAUCACCAUCACCACGAGGAAGAUCAUAAUCAUGACCGUCACCAUCACCAUCACCACCAUUGCGGAGAUUGUGGCGGCGGUAGUUCUGAUCUGGCGGCAGCUCAGAAAGCUGUUCUUAGAUUCGCCAAGGCUGUGAAAUGGACCGACCUGGCUAAUUUCUUGAGGGAGCACUUGUAUAUGUGUUGCGGUUCCACGGCUUUGCUUCUUGCAGCUGCUGUGUGUCCUCACUUGCUUCCAAAGACGGUUGCGAAGCCUUUACAGAAUGCUUUCAUUCUCGUUGCUUUUCCUCUCGUUGGGGUCUCUGCAGCUCUUGAUGCUCUUAUUGACAUUAGUGGUGGGAAAGUUAACAUCCAUGUAUUAAUGGCUCUAGCGGCAUUUGCUUCAGUAUUUAUGGGGAAUGCCUUAGAAGGAGGGUUACUUCUUGCCAUGUUUAAUUUGGCUCAUAUAGCUGAAGAGUACUUCACCAGCCGUUCAAUGAUUGAUGUUAAAGAGUUGAAGGAAAAUCAUCCCGAAUCUGCUCUUGUGCUGGAUAUGAAUGAAGAUAGACUUCCUAACACAACCGAUUUGGCAUACAAAAGGGUUCCUGUACAUAAUAUAGAAGUGGGAUCCUAUGUUUUGGUUGGAGCUGGUGAGUCUGUGCCUGUAGACUGUGAAGUUUUUCAAGGCAAUGCAACCAUUACUAUCGAACACUUGACGGGUGAAGUCAAACCUUUAGAGAUUAAAGCUGGAGACAGGAUUCCUGGUGGAGCAAGAAAUUUGGAUGGUAGGAUAAUUGUGAAGGCUACAAAAACGUGGAAAGAGUCAACACUCAGCAAGAUAGUACAAUUGACUGAAGAAGCACGCUUGAAUAAACCAAAGCUUCAAAGGUGGCUUGACCAAUUUGGUGAGCAAUACAGCAAGGUUGUCGUAGUCUUGUCUGUAGCUAUUGCUCUCAUUGGUCCAUUUCUCUUCAAGUGGCCAUUCUUUGGAACAUCAGCUUGUAGAGGUUCGGUGUACAGGGCAUUGGGCCUCAUGGUGGCAGCAUCACCAUGUGCUUUGGCUGUAGCUCCGUUGGCAUAUGCUACUGCAAUCAGUUCCUGUGCAAAAAAGGGAAUAUUGCUGAAAGGCGGGCAUGUACUAGAUGCUCUAUCUUCUUGUCAUACCAUUGCAUUUGACAAAACCGGGACGUUGACAACAGGGAAACUAGCAUUCAAAGCAAUUGAACCAAUUUAUGGACAUCAGGCUGGAAACAAUAACUCAAAUUUGACUACCUGCUGUAUCCCGAACUGUGAGAAAGAAGCUCUUGCAGUUGCAGCUGCCAUGGAGAAGGGUACCACUCAUCCUAUCGGAAGGGCUGUGGUAGACCAUAGUGUUGGGAAAGACCUUCCUUCUGUCUCAGUUGAGAGUUUUGAGUAUUUUCCAGGAAGAGGUCUCAUCGCUACUCUCAAUAGCCUUGAGUUAUUACAGUCAGAAGCUGGAGAUUGUAAAUUGUUGAAAGCGUCACUUGGCUCUGUUGAUUUUAUCACCUCACGUUGUAAAUCUAAAGGUGAUUCAAUAAAGAUCGAGGAUGCUGUUAGUGCAUCGUCAUAUGGAAGUGAAUUUGUUCGUGCUGCACUUUCAGUCAAUGAAAAGGUCACUCUUAUUCACCUUGAAGAUAGACCGCGACCUGGUGUUGUAGAUGUCAUAACAGAACUACAAGACCAAGGAAAGCUUCGUGUGAUGAUGUUAACUGGUGACCACAAAUCAAGUGCAUGGAGAGUUGCAAAUGCUGUGGGCAUCAAUGAAGUUUAUUGCAGCCUAAAGCCUGAGGACAAGCUCAGUCAUAUCAAGGAAAUUUCAAGAGAUACGGCUAAGUCAUCUGGGGGUGGUCUAAUAAUGGUUGGCGAAGGAAUUAACGACGCCCCAGCACUUGCUGCUGCCACUAUAGGAAUCGUCCUUGCCCAGCGUGCUAGUGCAACUGCUAUAGCCGUUGCUGAUGUGCUAUUGCUACGGGACAAUAUUUCCGGGGUACCAUUCUGCAUAGCCAAGUCCAGGCAAACAACUUCACUGGUUAAGCAAAACGUUGCCCUCGCUUUAUCUUGUAUAGUCAUGGCCGCGCUUCCAUCAGUUAUGGGGUUUCUUCCACUAUGGUUAACGGUACUUUUACACGAAGGUGGUACUCUACUAGUGUGCCUCAACUCAAUAAGAGCUCUAAACGACCCCACAUGGUCUUGGAGGCAUGAUUUUUUGCAUUUUCUCCAUGAACUCAAAUCAAGGCUCAACCUUUUAAAACAACCUAAUAUCCAAACUGCUGCUCCUCCUCUAUGACACUGGGUACUACUUGGUUUUGGUCCUUUUAUUUAUUCUGUCGUACAAUUCUUUUUAAUCUAUUUAUACAAAAAGGAAAAAAAAUAAAAUAAAAAAGAGCAAAAGAUCAAGCUAAAUUUCAAA